AUGGAUGUCCAUGGGCCCGUGGACAGGCUGCUGAAUUGGCUGAUUAGGGCUGAGGUGAAAGUGGAUCACCACGCUCUAGAGAGCUGGUCUGUGACCGGCUUCCAGCUGCGAGCCCCUGUUUCUGUAACAGAAGGAAGAGAGGAUUUGCAGGUUAACCAGCUGGAAACGCAAAUAUGGAUAAAACCAGACAUACAGAAGACAGAUGUGGACUUUUCAGAAAUUCUUAAUGCAAUACAAGAAAUAGCUAAGGAUGUCAACAUUUUUUUUGAUGAGUUAGAAGGUGUGAACAGCCCUUCCAAAGAUGAUGACUCCCUGCUUCACCACGGUAAUUUGACCAGUACUUCUGAUGAUGCCAGCAGGUUGGAAGUUGUGGGAGAGGAAGUACCUGAUAAGAACAAAGCCAAUGGACUAUAUUUUAGAGAUGGGAAAUGCCGGAUUGACUACAUCCUGGUAUAUAGAAAAUCUAAUCCGCAGACAGAAAAGAGGGAAGUAUUUGAGAGAAAUAUCAGAGCAGAAGGUCUUCAAAUGGAAAAAGAGUCAUCUCUAACAAACAGCGACAUCAUCUUUGUGAAGUUGCAUGCCCCUUGGGAGGUCCUGGGCAAAUAUGCUGAACUAAUGAAUGUAAGAAUGCCUUUCAGGAGAAAAAUCUAUUACCUGCACCGCCGAUACAAGUUCAUGAAUAGGAUCGAGAAACAAAUAAGCAGGUUUCGAGGAUGGUUACCUAGAAAGCCAAUGAAACUGGACAAGGAGACACUGCCAGAUCUGGAGGAGAAUGACUGCUAUACUGCUCCAUUCAGCCAACAAAGGAUCCAUCACUUCAUCAUACACAACAAAGAUACUUUCUUCAAUAAUGCUACAAGAAGUAGAAUUGUACACCAUAUCUUACAAAGAGUGAAAUACGAAGAAGGGAAAAACAAAAUUGGUCUGAAUCGAUUGCUCAGUAAUGGCUCCUAUGAAGCUGCAUUUCCUCUUCAUGAGGGAAGUUACAGAAGUAAGAAUUCGAUAAGAACCCACGGGGCAGAAAAUCACAGACACUUGCUCUAUGAGUGCUGGGCCUCCUGGGGAGUGUGGUAUAAAUACCAACCACUGGACCUCGUGAGGCGGUACUUUGGUGAGAAAAUUGGGCUGUACUUUGCCUGGUUAGGCUGGUACACAGGGAUGCUCUUCCCAGCUGCCUUCAUUGGAUUGUUUGUCUUUUUGUAUGGAGUCACCACUUUGAACCACUGCCAAGUCAGUAAAGAAGUCUGCCAAGCGACAGAUAUCAUCAUGUGUCCUAUAUGUGAUAAAUACUGUCCCUUCAUGAGGUUAUCAGACAGCUGUGUUUAUGCCAAGGUAACCCACCUUUUUGACAAUGGAGCUACUGUCUUUUUUGCUGUUUUCAUGGCAGUGUGGGCAACUGUUUUUCUGGAGUUUUGGAAAAGAAGGCGAGCAGUAAUUGCUUAUGACUGGGACUUGAUAGACUGGGAAGAAGAAGAGGAGGAAAUACGUCCGCAGUUUGAAGCCAAGUACUCCAAGAAAGAACGAAUGAACCCCAUAUCCGGGAAGCCAGAGCCUUAUCAAGCAUUUGCAGAUAAAUGCAGCAGACUCAUUGUUUCUGCAUCUGGAAUAUUUUUUAUGAUCUGUGUGGUGAUUGCUGCUGUUUUUGGCAUUGUUAUUUACCGUGUUGUGACUGUCAGCACUUUUGCUGCCUUUAAGUGGGCUUUAAUCAGGAAUAACUCUCAGGUUGCAACUACAGGGACUGCAGUGUGCAUCAACUUCUGCAUCAUCAUGCUACUGAAUGUGCUGUAUGAAAAGGUUGCUCUUUUCCUGACAAAUUUAGAGCAGCCUCGUACCGAAUCUGAAUGGGAGAACAGCUUCACUCUGAAAAUGUUUCUUUUUCAGUUUGUCAAUCUGAACAGCUCUACCUUUUAUAUAGCAUUCUUCCUUGGAAGAUUUACAGGACACCCUGGUGCCUACUUAAGGCUGAUAAACCGGUGGAGACUGGAAGAGUGCCACCCUAGUGGAUGCCUUAUUGAUCUCUGUAUGCAAAUGGGUAUUAUAAUGGUGCUAAAGCAGACCUGGAAUAACUUCAUGGAACUGGGCUACCCGCUAAUUCAAAACUGGUGGACCAGGAGAAAACUACGACAAGAGUAUGGCACACAGAGAAAAACAAGCUUCCCACAGUGGGAAAAGGACUACAAUCUGCAACCUAUGAAUGCUUAUGGACUCUUUGAUGAAUACCUAGAAAUGAUUCUUCAGUUUGGGUUCACAACCAUUUUUGUGGCAGCUUUUCCACUGGCACCGCUUCUGGCCUUACUUAACAAUAUUAUUGAAAUUCGGCUUGAUGCGUACAAAUUUGUUACCCAGUGGAGAAGACCUUUAGCUUCAAGAGCCAAAGAUAUAGGAAUCUGGUACGGGAUCCUGGAAGGCAUUGGAAUUCUUUCUGUUAUCACAAAUGCAUUUGUUAUAGCUGUGACAUCAGAUUUCAUCCCUCGCCUUGUUUAUGCGUACAAAUAUGGACCUUGUGCUGGCCAAGGAGAAGCUGGACAAAAGUGUAUGGUUGGCUAUGUUAAUGCCAGUUUAUCAGUAUUUCUGGUGUCUGACUUUGAAAACCGUUCAGAGCCAACAUCAAAUGGAAGUGAAUUCUCUGGUUCACCAUUAAAAUAUUGCAGGUACAGGGACUACCGAGACCCUCCUCACUCCCCAGUGCCCUACGGUUACACACUGCAGUUCUGGCAUGUCUUAGCAGCACGGCUGGCUUUCAUUAUUGUAUUUGAGCACCUUGUCUUUUGCAUAAAGCACCUGAUUUCCUACUUAAUCCCAGAUCUCCCAAAAGAUCUGAGAGAUCGGAUGAGAAGAGAAAAGUACCUGAUUCAGGAAAUGAUGUAUGAAGCUGAACUAGAACGCCUGCAGAAAGAGCGGAAGGAAAGGAAGAAGAACGGAAAAUCUUAUCACAAUGAGUGGCCAUGA